CUCGUGUCCCGCGCAGCGCCGCGCAACGUUCGAAAUUCGAAUUCAAAUUUCAAAUUUCGAACUUCGGACACUUCGAAUCCGUUAGAUUCGUAUUCAGACUCUCGUGUGUGUUAUGUUUAGAAUUAGACCGUUUUUGUGAUUUGUGAUGGUCGGUUUGAAAUUUAUUGUGACAAGUUGACAACUGAGUGGUUAAAGUUCAAAUCGCGUUCACCUUUGGGUUAAAUGGAUAUUUAGAUUUUAUGAAACUUUGUGAUUUUACAUUUUAAGUGGAUUUGUGUGUGUUUGAGACUAAAGUGACUUGCUCAUUAUAAUAUUUGGACAGACAUGGGACUAGUGACGUGACAUACGCGAUGCAACGCGUCUCCGUGACGCAGUUAUCGACCGUCGAACUAGUGUAGUGCUCCAUCGAUACGUCAGGUUAUACCACGAAUGAACACACUAAUGCUGACGACGACUUGUUCGGUAGACGAUCAGCCUUUGGACAGCAGCAUGUCAUUUUCACCAUACAACAUGAUGGACUCCGGCGGCGCCAUCGACUCCCCCCCAACCUACCACCGGAGCUACGAGCAGUACGUCCAGGGCGGCGUCGAGAACAGCACCGACUCCACCCAAGAACAAACCAGCCCUGAACUAGUCGUCUGGUCUACCCUACCCUACGGCCUAGACUACAGAACGCAGUAUGACUACAGGCCUUAUGAGACUAGAGACUAUUCUCCGCAGCAAUACGUCCGGGCGCCAUUUGCAACGAAGAUGGGGCAGUCGAAAGCGCUCAAGGAGGCGAGGAUACGGAGACCUAUGAACGCUUUUAUGGUGUGGGCGAAGGUCGAGAGGAAGAAACUGGCUGAUGAGAAUCCGGAUCUGCAUAAUGCGGAUUUGAGUAAAAUGCUAGGUAAAAAAUGGCGCUCGCUGACUCCGCAAGACCGACGACCGUUUGUAGAAGAGGCCGAGAGGCUCCGAGUCAUCCACAUGACGGAGCACCCCAACUACAAGUACCGGCCGCGGCGGCGGAAGCAGAACAAGACGCGGCCCAACCAGCCCGCGCCCCCCGCCAGCGCGCCCCCCACCUCCGCCGCCCUCGGCUCCCCCUACGCCACCACGACCGACUCGCCCGACGCACGGUUCUCCCACAACCCGGGCGCCGGGUUCUCGCCUUACAGAACCUCCCCCCUCGCCUCAGACUACCAGUCCAACCAGUUCAACGGCCACGUCCAAACUCCAGAGUCUUCCCCCGCGCGGUCACCGGAACCCCAAGGACGGAGGAGCGCCCCGGCCGAAGCCCCGCUCCCCACCCCUGACGCUUCACCAGUAGAAAACGAGAAAGAGAACUUCCAGUACGAGGAGCGGCGAAGAGCCAUCAACGCUUCCUCCAUGUCCGAUUCCUACUCCCCUUACAAGACAUACAGGACGCCCGGCUCGUUCUCUCCAGCCCCUGUCGCCGCUAUGGGCAUGGCUAAUGGCAUGUACGUCAUGUGCACGCAAAGGACUUUAGCGGAGCAGCCGCCUCUCGUCACCGGAACGUUCUUCCCUCCGGUCGCAACUUCCCAAGACCAGCAAACGCUAGGCACGUCCACGCCCAGGGUAUCGUCCGCUCCUAGCGGCCCGAUGAACGCCGAAUACAGCAUCCAGUACCACCCGUACGAGUACGAGCAGAUGUACAAACAGGAGGACUCCUACGUCGCGCAAUCGCACUAUCCUGAACAGCCUAAGACCGAGUACGAUACCGGAGGCGGUUACUUCUCAGAAGAGCCGCCCGCCAAUCAGGAGUCGGAGCAAUUCAUGAGCCAGCGGCCUGAGAUCAGGACCGGCUCGCCAGAGUCCGAUGUGGAUGCGAGGGAGUUCGAUAAGUACUUGGACUACGCUCCUGAGCAGAUGGAGCAACACCAGUAUAGAUACGAGCAGCAGCAACAAGGGUACAGGCCGCCGUACUGCCCGGAGCAGGCGCCGGGGCCUGAGUACUGUUCUGAGAGGAUGUACCCGUCUCCGUACGCGUCGGUGAUCUCGGGGCCGCCGCCCGCGGGCCCGUUCCCCGCGCCCGCCGCAGCCCUGGCCGAGGCGCGCACGGAGGACGAGUUCAGCGUCAUCCUGGCCGGCGUCCGGCAGACGUGCUACAGCAACUGAUCCUCUCCAGCCUUCCUAUUAGUAGCCCAAAGAGUAUAUUUCCACAGUUUUGUGAUCGAAUCAAUGUUUAAAUUCCUAGUAAGAAUUAAAUUCUGAAUCUUGCGUUAGUUUGUAAUUGUAAAUGCCUGAAACGUUAUAAAGUUUUCGUAUGUGUUAAGUAGGAUGUAGAUUUUGUAUUAUAUUGCCGGUUGUAGGCGACCAUCGUGAAGUAUACUGGAUAUUUAUAAUAAAAUUAGGAUUUCUUUUUAUGUUGAACGCGGCAUGUUGACCAGUGAUUUAUUUGUGAAAAUAUUUGAAAUAGAAUCUGAGUCUAACUAUAAUUCUGUUUCGUUAGAACCGAAAAGAAAUUCUUGCAACGCUCACACAAAAUUCUUUGUCCAGAAUCGACCACUUAGUGAUUUUUUCGGAAUAAAUGUUAACUCAUUAGCCUGGUGGUAUAAUAUGCGUAAUUGGCAAAAACUAUCACGUGAAAACCCAAUGUUUUGACAACUGCACUUUGGAAAUAAUCUAUAAUUUGCAUUUCGUCGGCUAAAGUCGUCACAAACCUCUUAACUCCUCCGGGAAAGUGGGAGGAGGUAUUUUUGGCUAUCCCUAAUUUAAUUGAAUUGGAUUUACGAGGUUUGCGAGUUUAGCCGACGAUUAGCCCUUUGAAGGCCGCGUCUAAUCCUGUGCGGCGAGUCAUCGUGAACCUUGUCAGAUUGCAAUAAGGUUGAUAUUGGGCUGUACCCGCACGCGUCAGUUGACGUCUUUAGCGGUCAAAAGGUUAUGUAUAU